AAGAAAAAUUAAACGAAAUUUUUGUUAAGUAAAAUUAAUUGAUAAAAUAUUUAUUUGACCUAUUAUUUGUCAAUAAUAUUCAAUGACACAGGUGUACACCUAAGGUUGUCAGACCAUAUAAAAAGAGAAGAUUCUAUAAAGAAUUAUCACUAAACCAUACAAGACAUAAUAAAGUUGUUCUUUGAGCAUUUUAGUUCUCUAUUUCGAAAAUGGCACAACUUCUAAUGAUCUUGGUUGUUGUUUUCUGCACUGCCGCUGUUCAAUCGAAAAUCUUCAGAACUUGUGAAAAUAAUAAAUUCACUCCUACUGAUGUUAGAAUUAGAGGAUGCAAUAAAUCUCCUUGCCUGAUACCCAGAGGCAAGAAACUGAAUUUCGAAUUCGAUUUCGCUGCUCCUGAAGCAACGACUACUUUAAAGCCGAAAAUGACUAUUAUUGUUGGUAAAAAGAAAAUUAACUAUGAUUUUGAUGACAAAAAUUCAUGCGACAAUUUAAUAAGUGGCAAGUGUCCUUUGAAGAAAAGUGACAAAGCAACAUAUUCUUUAGAAACUUUGUUACCUAAAAAGACUCCUCUAAUUAAAGCUGCUAUUCAGUUGGAAUUUUUAGACGAUAAGGGAAAAUCAUUAACUUGCGGAGUAGUUGACGUAAAAGUAGUGCGAAAAUAG